UAUAUAUCUCAAAACUCCCGCGUGUUCCUAAUGGGCCCAUCUCUUCUCUCGCUCCGCUGCUUCUGUUCCUCGUCGCAACCAUGGCCAAGCACCGCACCGGCAUCGCCGGCUGCAGCAGCAGUAAAGCCAAGAAUCUCGGCAAGGGGAAGGUCACCCCCGUCCAGAUCGCCUUCAUCGUCGACCGCUACCUCGCUGAUAACCACUUCGCCGCCACCCUCACUGCCUUCCGCUCCGAGGCCUCCGAUCUCUUCUCCAAGACCAAGGCCAAAGAGGUGCCGAAAGGGUUGCUAGGGCUGGGCGAGAUGCUGGAUGAGUACAUCAGCCUCAAGGAGCAGCGGGUGGUGCUGGACCAAGAGAAGCGGAGGGUGGACAUGGCGCUGCACGGCAUGCAGGAGGUUCUCCGGGCGUACCACUCCGCCGGACCCGCCUCUCUCCCCCCUUCUCCCUCUCUUCUCCCUCCCCAGUUUGUGGCCACCCCCGUGACACCGAUCCUUCCCGCAUUGUACGCUAGCACCAGCGGAUCUCCACCAGGUCAUAUGGUAAAUGGAACACCUGUUAUGAAUUAUGCGCAACCAUCCACCUUGUUUCCUCACAAAUCAGAUCUUAACAACACUUCUUCGCUGCCUAGUUCUUCUAAUGUUAACAAGAGAAAGGCCUCGAGGCCUUCUCCUAAUCUUCCUUCAGAACCGAAGAAACAACGGGUUCAAUCACCUGUUUUGUCGUCUGCUAUGGAAGGUGUUGCAUUAACCUCUCAGGAAGCGCCGACCGUGAAAGUUCAGGAAAAAGUAGAAUUAUCAUCCACUAGUUUUCUAACAAAUAAUUCCCCACUUCAAGCUUCAUCUGCUGGAAGUAGCUUAUUGAAGCAGCCUUCUGAUUGCCAGAACAAUUCGUCGCCCAAAACGCCUCCACAAGCGCUGCAAUGUCAAGUUGACAAAUCAGGUUCCCCGAUGGACGUUACAUCUUUGCAAACCGGUGAUGGUGGCAGCUAUAAACCGAUUGGUCCAUCGAAUUGCUCCAUAAUAGCUUCUGAAACUAUCAUAGUCAGCCCCAUCAAACAUACGGGGUAUUAUGCUGUUGAGCGGAGCUACCAUAUUGCUUCACCAUAUAAACUAAAUUCAAAGACCAAAAGGGGGCAUAUCAAAGGGAAGCUAGAUUUUGAUGCCCCCAUUGUUACCACUAAUGCUACUUCCAGUUCAGAAGAACCAAUGGCUGUUGGCAGUUCGACAUCUUCAACUGAGGAUGAAAUGUCUGGGAGCUUUGACAUUGAUCUUCCAGAUUUAGAUAUCUUCAAUGGUGAUUUCUCCUUUUCUGAGCUUUUAGCCGAUAUCGAUCUUGACUGCGAAGUGGAUACUUCUUUUCAGCCACUCUCUUCUUUUGUUCAUUCGGUUCCAAGUUACGAGGAUGAUGCCGGAAAUGGAUGCUCGAGAUCAGAUCAACCGGAUAGCCCUCUCUCGACAGCAAUUGAAGUGUUCUCCGACAAGGAUGUGAACAUUCAAGGUCCAGAUUGUGUUGCCUCUGUGAAAACCGUAACCAAGUUUGUCAAGAUUGUAAACCCCGUUACAAGCAGAAGAAACUCUUCAUCAAAUCAAACAAAUUCACCGGCAAAGGAGUAUGAGAGCUGAAGCAUACUUGGAAUCAACCCUUUUUUCUGUGAUCCGGAGACUACUAACUAUUCUGUAGUUUAUCUGUAUAUCUGCAGCUUAAUUCUUCUCACCCAUCCUUUUGUCAUUGUACCACACUAAGAAUCAUUCAGAUUAAUGGAUGAUUGAUUUUCUCUGAAAAACUCUGUUGGCUCUCACUUUUGCUCUCAUGUUAGCAAAUGAUGUCU